UAUAGAUAUUUUUAAAUAUAUAUACAUAUUUUAGUUUUGAUUAAAAUAUGUUUGCAAGUUUUCUUUCAUUUUUCAUCUUUAUUUCAUUAUCAUAGUAAUAUUUAAUCUGAAGUAAUUUUUUCAUAAAAAAUUAAUUACUCUUCAUCAAUAACAUAAAAAUAAAUAUUAAUAUUGACUUAUAUACGAAAAGGUUACGAUUCGGAUAUUUAAUCAAGUUUUGAUAAGAAAAUAGUAUGAUCUUUUAAAACAUAUUCGUGGAUGCAAAAUAUGUUAAAAAGGGAAAGGAGAAUAGUCAGAGAAGUUGGAAGGGUAGGAGGGGCUGAUAAGAGAAAUCGAGUUAAAUGUGCUACGUGGAAUCGUGAAAGUAAAGGCGUAUUCCAUUUUAUCCAUGAAUUGGGGUAGGUUACAAAUUUCAAUCAAAUGACUGCUGUUUUUUACAUUUAUUUUUUUCAUUUAUUUAAAUAAAAAUAUAAUAUCUAAAAUAUAACAAAUAUCUAUCAGUUAUCGUGUUAAAGAUAACAAUAUUGAAAUAACGUGAUAUAAUUAUUGUUUAUGCACACGGCUGUCAAGCAAAGUACUAGACUCUGUGAAUAUGGAAUCUCUUCAAAGAAAAUUGAUUGAGUGCGGCCAGGAACAUUUAUUAAAGUUCUAUGAUGAAUUAUCAGAUAAAGAAAAAGAGGAGCUUUGUCAAGAUAUAUCUGAAUUGAAUUUCAUGGAUGUAAUAUCAUAUUUUGAUAGUGCAAUAUAUGCUUCUUUGAAUAUAAGUACAUUAGAUGAUAAAGUAUCUCCUAUUCCUAAAGAAAAUAUUGCAUCUGUUAAAACCACUGAUAAGGAACAAUUAAAAAUGUAUGAAGAAUUAGGAUUCCAAGAAAUAGCAAAUGGGCAAGUAGCUGUAUUAUUAAUGGCUGGUGGUCAAGGUACUAGAUUAGGUGUAACUUACCCCAAAGGUAUAUACAAUGUUGGUUUACCUUCUGGAAAGACACUUUUUCAACUACAGGCAGAAAGAAUACUUCGUUUGGAAAAUAUGGCAAAGGAAAAAUAUGGGAAAGAUGGAGAAAUUACAUGGUAUAUAUUAACCAGUGAAGCUACUCAUGAUAUAACAAUAUCGUUUCUACAACAGCAUAAUUAUUUUAAUUUAAAAGAAAAAAAUUGUAAAGCCUUUAAACAAGGUAUGUUACCAUGUUUUACAUUGGAUGGAAAAAUUAUUUUGGAUAAAAAAUAUAAAAUUUCGAAAGCUCCAGAUGGAAAUGGGGGAGUAUAUCAAGCUUUAAUAACACAAGGAAUAUUGGAUGAUAUGAUAAAACGUGGAAUUCAUAGUGUUCAUGUUCAUUCAGUUGAUAAUAUCUUAAUAAAAGUAGCAGAUCCUAUUUUUAUUGGAUACUGCUUAUCUUUACAAACUGAUUGUGGAGUUAAAGUCAUAGAAAAAUGUUCCCCAAAUGAACCAGUGGGAAUUGUAUGUAAAGUUAAUGAUAUAUUUAAAGUUGUAGAGUACAGUGAAAUUUCAAAAGAAACGGCUGAAUUAUAUUCUAAUGAUGGACAACUAAUGUAUAAUGCAGCAAAUAUAUGCAAUCAUUAUUUCACUGUAGAUUUUUUAUAUAGCAUUGCUAAGUAUCAUGAAAAAGAAAUGGAACUUCAUGCUGCUAAAAAAAAAAUACCAUAUAUUGACGAAGAUGGAAACCGAAAUGAACCCAAGAUUCCUAAUGGUAUUAAAAUUGAGAAAUUCAUAUUUGAUGUAUUUAAAUUUGCAAAAAAUUUAGCAGUUUGGGAAGGAAUUCGUGAAGAAGAUUUCAGUCCUUUAAAAAAUGCAGAUUCCGUUGGUCAAGAUUGUCCAAGUACUGCACGAAAUGAUGUACUUAAACUUCAUAAAAAGUGGUUGUUAAAUGCAGGAGCUAUAUCUGUGUCAGGUGAUAUAGAAAUAUCUCCUUUAUUAUCUUAUGCUGGAGAAAAUUUAAAUCAUGUAAAAGGACAAUUAUUGGAAGGACCUUGUGUAUUGGAAUAAUGAAAUCUAUUGUUUUCAUAAUUUUUUAUGAUAAUACUUUUAAAAAUCUUUUAAUUCUUUAAAGAAUUUUCAUAAAAAUAUAUUUUUUAAUAUUCUGUAAUUUAAUAAUAAAAUUUAAUUAUAAGAAUUCUUCAACAUUCUUAUAUAAAUUUUAUAACAAUGAUGCAGAAAUGUAAAUAUGCUAUUUAUUAAAAAUUGUAAGAUAUGAAUUUUAUAUAUGUAAAUAAAUUUCAUAUGAUUUCACAUAAAAAUUAUAAUAUUUACAAAAAUGUUUCAGUAAAUUCAUAAAAUUAUCAUAAUAUCUUGUCUAAAAAUAUGUAAUUAUAAAAUUUUGAAAAUUAUGAAAUGUGAUGAAAGUAUAUAAAAUUUAUAUAUUUUAACAUAAUGUAUUAAAUACAUCAUUUUUGUACAAUUGGUGUAGUAUAUAUAAUAAUAAAAAUUAAUAAGAAAAUAA